AUGAGAGCACUGCGAGCGCUCCUCGCCCUUCUACUAGCAUUCUUCACCACCACACAAGCCUUCAUGAUCGACAGCGACGAGUACAAUGGAUUGGUCGACUACCCGCUCCCGAAAAGAAGCUUUGACCAAUUCUGGCGCAAUAUUCAGAUGCAAAUGCCAGGAACGCAAAAGAGAACCGAGUCGUUGUCGAGAGCCAGAGCCAAUGCCUACUAUAGACUCGGCUAGAAAACAGUCUGUGCUGUUCUGAAUUUGUUUUUUUAAAAACUCUGGAUCAUACAAAUACGAGGACCUUUCUUAAGUAUGGAGGAAGUUGUGCUAAAAUUAUAUAAAUUGUUUGUCUCACUCUUUGUAGCUCACAUCUGGAAAUCUAGCAUCCCAGACAUCAUUAUUCAAGCUUU